GAUUCUAGUCUGCUGUUAGAAGGCUAUUCAUCCAAGUUGAGUCCCCAAACCAAGAGAGCCAAGAAGAGCCUGCUUUCCGGACAGGAGAAAGAGAAUCUGCCCAGUGAUUACAUGGUGCCUAUUUUCUCAGGACGCCAAGUACCGGUCAGUGGAAUUACAGAUACGGAGGAAGAACGAAUUAAAGAAGCUGUUGCGUAUAUAGCCCAGAGGAAUCUCCUUGCUAGUGAAGAAGGAAUCAUGACAUCCAAACAUUCGACCACGUCCAAACAGUCCAUGGCAUCCAAACAGUCUACAUCCGCUCUCCAACAGGAGGAGACUUAUGAGAAGAAAUCAAGGAAAGUUGCAAUUCGAGAAAAGGCAGAACGCCUGUCCCUGAGAAAAACAUUAGAAGAAACCGAGGCAUAUCACAGAAAGUUGAAUGAAGAUAGUCUUCUUCAUGCUCCAGAGUUCAUCAUUAAACCUCGUUCGCACACUGUGUGGGAGAAACAGAGUGUCAAAUUGCACUGCUCUGUAGCAGGCUGGCCAGAACCUCGUGUCACAUGGUAUAAAAACCAGGUUCCCAUAAAUGUCCACACAAAUCCUGGAAAGUAUAUUAUUGAAAGUCGAUAUGGAAUGCACACUCUGGAGAUUAAUGCAUGUGAUUUUGAGGACACAGCUCAGUACCGGGCCUCUGCAAUGAACGUUAAAGGAGAACUUUCAGCCUAUGCUUCCGUCGUGGUAAAGAGAUAUAAAGGAGAGUUUGAUGAGACUUGCUUCCAUGCUGGGUCUUCCACCCUGCCCCUCAGCUCUGCUGUUACCCCUUUUGGUUAUGCAUCCAAGUUUGAGAUCCAUUUUGAUGACAAGUUUGAUGUGUCUUUUGGGAGAGAGGGUGAAACGAUGAGUCUAGGUUGCCGUGUAGUUAUCACUCCCGAAAUUAAAACUUUCCAGCCAGAGGUCCAGUGGUACAGAAAUGGAGCACCUAUUUCUCCAUCAAAAUGGGUGCAGGCACACUGGAGUGGAGAUCGGGCAACACUGACAUUUUCUCAUCUCAACAAAGAAGAUGAAGGCCUCUAUACAAUACGUGUGCGAAUGGGAGAGUAUUAUGAACAAUACAGUGCUUAUGUCUUUGUUCGAGAUGCUGAUGCAGAGAUUAAGGGUGCGCCAGCUUCUCCUUUGGAUGUGAUGCCCCUAGAUGCCAACAAAGAUUUUAUCAUCAUCUCUUGGAAACAGCCAGCUGUUGAUGGAGGAAGUCCUAUUCUGGGAUAUUUUAUUGAUAAAUGUGAGGUUGGCACAGAUACCUGGUCUCAAUGCAAUGACACACCUGUGAAGUUUGCCCGUUUCCCAGUCACUGGAUUGAUAGAAGGACGCUCCUAUAUAUUCCGGGUUCGAGCUGUGAAUAAUAAUGGAAUAGGUUUACCCUCCCGAGUGUCUGAGCCAGUCGCUGCUCUGGAUCCAGCUGAAAAAGCUAGACUCAAAAGUCGCCCUUCAGCACCCUGGACUGGGCAGAUCAUUGUCACUGAAGAGGAACCUGCAGAGGGUAUUAUUCCUGGGGCCCCCACAGACCUCUCUGUGAAUGAGACCACUCCGAGCUACGUUGUGCUCAGCUGGAAACCCCCUGGCCAGCGUGGUCAUGAGGGCAUUACGUAUUUCAUUGAAAAGUGUGAAGCAGAGUCGCAAAACUGGCAGCGGGUGAACACAGAGCUCCCAGUGAAAUCGCCCCGCUUUGCUCUGUUCGACUUAGCGGAAGGAAAAUCCUACUGCUUUCGGGUCCGCUGUUCUAAUUCAGCUGGAAUUGGGGAGCCUUCAGAAGCGACGGAAGUGACUGUGGUAGGGGCCAAGCUUGAUAUUCCCAAAGCCCCCAGCAAAAUCAUACCAAGCAGAAACACAGAUACCUCAGUGGUAGUUACUUGGGAGGAACCCAAAGAUGCAAAAGAGCUGGUGGGGUACUACAUAGAGUCCAGUGUUGUCGGCUCUGGCAAGUGGGAACCCUGCAACAACAACCCCGUGAAGGGCUCACGAUUUACUUGUCAUGGAUUGGUAACAGGUCAGAAUUACAUCUUCCGAGUCAGAGCCGUUAAUGCAGCUGGACUUAGUGACUAUUCACAGGAUUCAGAAGCUAUUGAAGUAAAAGCUGCUAUUGGGGGAGGAGUGUCUCAAGAUGUGUGCCCUGAACUGAGUGACACGCCUGGUGGACUAACAGACUUCCGGGGAGGCAUGCAUGAAGCCUCCCAGCCAACCUCUAAGAAAGAUGCUUUGCUUGGUAGCAAACUUAACAAACCUACUCUGCCCGGUAGCUCUCACAAACUGGGCAAAACAGAAGUGAGUAAAGUAAGUGAAACAGUUCAGGACGAGCCUAUCCCACCACCAGCAGCUCCUAAAGGGAAAAGUAAGUCUGGCCCUCUGAAAAAGAAGAAGGACGUAGCGACACCAUCGCCACCCUAUGAUAUCACUAGUCUUGAAAGUUUUCGUGACUCAAUGGUUCUUGGAUGGAAGCAGCCAGAUAAGACUGGAGGGACUGAUAUUACUGGCUACUAUGUGAACUUCCGCGAAGUGAUUGGUGGGGUGCCAGGAAAAUGGAGAGAAGCCAACAUUAAGGCUGUCAGUGAUCAGGCAUAUAAGAUUAGCAACUUGAAGGAAAACAUGGUGUAUCAAUUCCAAGUGGCAGCCAUGAACAUCGCUGGAUUAGGAGAAUUCUCAGCAGCAAGUGAAUCCUUCAAAUGUGAAGAGUGGACCAUUGCUGUUCCAGGACCUCCACACAACCUCAAGUAUAGUGAAGUCAGGAAAACUUCCCUCGUUCUUCAGUGGAAGCCUCCAGUCCACUCUGGGAGGACUCCGGUGACUGGUUACUUUGUGGACUUGAAGGAAGCCAAUGCCAAAGAGGACCAGUGGCGAGGGCUCAACAAGACGGCUACUGAAAACAAGUACCUGAGGCCUCACUUUGGAAAACAGCUGCUAGCUCACAUCUCUCUCUUCUUUCCCUACUUGCCACCCUUUCUUAUCCAGCUCACAGGAACCAAAGAGGUUGUUGUAACUGUGGAUGAUGAUGGAGUCAUUUCUUUGAACUUUGAAUGUGAUCAGAUGUCUCCAGAUUCCAAGUUCAUCUGGUCAAAGGAUUAUGUAUCUACUGAAGACUCUCCACGGUUAGAAGUUGAAAGUAAAGGCAACAAGACAAAACUUACGUUUAAAGACCUCGGUAUGGAAGAUUUGGGAAUUUACUCCUGUGAUGUGACUGAUACAGAUGGGAUAGCGUCAAGCUACGUAAUAGAUGAAGAAGAGGUGAAACGUUUACUUGCUCUCAGCCACGAACACAAAUUCCCAACUGUCCCAGUUAAAUCAGAGUUGGCAGUUGAAAUUUUGGAGAAGGGGCAGGUCCGGUUUUGGAUGCAGGCGGAGAAGUUGUCUAGCAACGCCAAAGUCAACUACAUAUUCAACGAAAAGGAGAUUUUUGAGGGACCGAAAUAUAAGAUGCAUAUUGACCGAAACACUGGUAUCAUUGAAAUGUUCAUGGAGAAGCUGCAAGAUGAGGAUGAGGGAACAUACACCUUCCAGCUUCAAGAUGGAAAAGCAUCUGGCCAUUCUAGUCUUGUUCUCAUUGGAGACGUUUAUCAAAAGCUCCAGAAAGAAGCUGAAUUCCAGAGACAAGAAUGGAUCAGGAAACAAGGUCCACAUUUUGCAGAGUAUUUGAGCUGGGAAGUGACUGGUGAAUGUAACGUGCUCUUGAAAUGCAAGGUGGCAAAUAUUAAGAAGGAAACUCUUAUUGUGUGGUACAAAGAUGAGAAAGAAAUAUCAGAGGAUGAAAAGCAUGAUUUUAAGGAUGGUAUAUGUACCCUGCUUAUAACAGAGUUUUCGAAGAAAGAUGCUGGGAUUUAUGAAGUGAUCCUGAAAGAUGACCGAGGGAAAGAUAAGAGCAGAUUGAAGCUUGUGGAUGAAGCCUUUAAAGAGCUGAUGAGUGAAGUAUGUAAAAACAUUGCGUUGUCUGCUACAGACCUGAAAAUCCAGAGCACUGCUGAGGGAAUCCGGCUGUACUCCUUCGUGACUUACUACUUGGACGACCUGAAGGUCAGCUGGUCCCACAAUGGAAAUACUAUUAAGUACACAGAUAGAGUUAAGACUGGGGUCACCGGGGAGCAGAUCUGGUUACAAAUCAAUGAGCCCACUCCUAAUGACAAAGGGAAAUACGUAAUGGAGCUCUUUGAUGGAAAAACUGGACACCAGAAGACAGUGGAUCUUUCUGGACAAGCAUAUGAUGAAGCCUUUGCUGAAUUCCAGAGGUUGAAACAAGCUGCCAUUGCAGAAAAAAAUCGUGCCCGAGUGCUGGGCGGCCUCCCGGAUGUGGUCACUAUCCAGGAGGGGAAGGACCUUAAUCUCACUUGUAACGUGUGGGGCGAUCCUGCUCCAGAGGUGUCCUGGAUGAAGAAUGAGAAGGCUCUGGUCUCAGAUGACCACUGCAGCCUCCGGAUGGAGGCAGGAAAGACCGUAUACUUCACGAUCACAGCAGUGAGCUCCUCUGACUCAGGCAAAUAUGGCCUGGUGGUGAAGAACAAGUACGGCAGCGAGAUCAGCGAUCUCACCAUCAGUGUGUUCAUCCCGGAAGGGGAGGCCAGGAAGUCAUUGUCAGAGGCCCCCAAAGGAAUCAAGAAGUCCAAGUAA